UAUGGAAACGAUUUAUUGCUGUGCAGUGCACGAAUAGUUGAGAAAAUUCAGAGAAAUUUUCUUUUUUCUUGCCAAACACGACGGCUUCAUUUGCCUCUGCCAUUUCUUUAUUCUUUUUUGGAAUCGACGCAAUCCUAUUCGGUUUCCGAUUAUAACUAUCUUUCAACUCUAAAUGGGGAGAUACGGUUGGCUGGCAGCGCUAUGCCGGCGGCAUUUGCUAUCAUCUGUGGCUGUAGAAUCUGCCGUCAGUGGAGGAUGUUGGCACUGGAAAAUCUCUACAUUGCAGCAAGACCUUUUUCAUGAUCGAUUUGUGCACAGUUGGGCUUUUCUCAUUCGGCAAACUACUGGUUUUGGGAAAGCUGAAAUGCGGUUGAUGAAGUGCAGAUAUAUUCAUGCUACAGGUACUCACAAUGCUAAGGAACCGAGCUACUAUGAAAUUCUUGGUGUUUCUGAAAAUGCUAGCCAAGAUGAGAUUAAAAAAGCUUUCCGUUUGCUUGCUAAGAAGUACCAUCCAGAUGCAAAUAAAAAUAAUCCUUCUGCAAAGACGAAAUUUCAAGAGAUAAGAGAAGCCUAUGAGACACUGAAAGAUUCUGAGAAGAGGGCACAAUAUGACAGGAGGUAUGCUAGAAGUUCAGAGAAGGCAGAAUAUAGUGCGGAUUAUGCAGAUUGGUUUGGAUACGGUACUGAUGAUGCAACAAGUUUCAGAUAUGGUGCUGGUAAUACUGGGGAUUUUUCAUAUUCUAACCGAACCAAUUUCUCUGAUUCAUUCCACAAGAUAUUCUCUGAGAUCUUUGAAGAUGAGGCCAAUCAGUUUGCAUCGGACAUUAAGGUGGAACUAGUGCUCUCUUUCACUGAAGCUGCGAGAGGAUGCAUAAAGAAUCUGUCUUUUGACGCAUAUGUUCCUUGUGAUUCAUGCGAUGGGCGUGGCUUUCCAGUUGAUGCCAAAACAGCAGUUUGCUCAACUUGCAGAGGCAUGGGAAAAGUUACUAUUCCUCCUUUUACAACAACAUGCAGCACUUGUAAAGGAUCAGGUCGAAUCAUUAAGGAAUGCUGUCUGUCAUGUAGAGGUUCAGGGGUGGUUGAAGGUGUUAAAGAAGUUAAAGUUAUAAUACCAGCAGGUGUCGAUUCUGGAGAUACAAUCCGUGUGCCAGAAGCCGGUAAUACUGGUGGAAAAGGACAUCGACCUGGCAACUUAUUCAUUUAUCUGAAGGUUGCUGAUGAUUCAACCUUUACUAGGGAUGGUGCUGAUGUUUAUGUGGAUGCUAAUAUUAGCUUUACCCAGGCCAUCCUUGGUGGUACAGUUGAGGUACCGACUUUGUCAGGAAAAUACAAAGUGAAGAUACCCAAGGGGGUUCAGCCUGGACAACUUCUGGUACUAAGAGGCAAAGGACUACCAAAGCAUGGUUUUCUUGUGGACCAUGGAGACCAAUUUGUACGGUUUUGCAUAAAAUUCCCCACUUCAUUAAAUGAACGUCAACGCGCCAUAUUAGAAGAAUUUGCUGUGGAGGAGAUAAAUAGUGAAAAUGAUACAUUUGUUGAAGGCAAUUGGCUUUAUCAGCAGCUAUCUACUGGUUGAACUUACAGGUGGCAGCGUCUUCUUGAGCAUGUGACAGGCCCAACGUUUAUGCUUGAAUUUUCUCUAUUCAUUUUACUCCUGCUGUUCCUUCACAAAAUCGUGGGAUAAAAGCCGGGUUGAGGUGACAUUCCGCGGAAAUAUUCAUUUAAGGAAUUCAUCUUUGUUGGAAGUCCACUGAUUAAAGAUGAUGUUACUGGAGCUGUGAAAUGUUUUGAUAAUUACCGUGCUUAUUUGUGUGGACAUGGCAGACAUGGACACUCCAAACAAAUUUAUGCUUCUCAAAGCUCCGAUACUUGUUUUUCUGGAAAGUACUGAAGAUACAGGAUUAGAUUGGAAUAAUACUUUUCUUACCAGCGGAAGACCACUUCAAUGAAGAGCCACGACGCUGGACUUUAUCAUUUCUCUUCUGAUGUAAAAAUGCAUAUGCGUGAUAUAUUUCUUUUGUUGGAGGUUAUACUAGAUUGACGCAUACAAAAAUGCAUAUACGUGAUUAGCUGACAAAAAUAUUCAAUUGUAACUAGAAAUACGCAUAUGAGAGUUCCACUGAUCUCAGAAUGGAAGCUUUUUAAUUUUCCUUUCAAAUAUGAUAUGAUGGAUUUACGUAGCUAGCA